AUGACUGCAGUACAGAUGGGAAAAUUACAUACUAGGUUAGGGUUUGGUGGGGUGGUUUGUGUUCCCCGUGUUGGUUUUUCAGGAGGUCUAUGUCUACUCUGGCGGGUAGGGCUCCAGGUUGUUCUACUCUCUUCCUCUCCUGGACAUAUAGAUGUUCGGGUUACUAUGAAUACUUCUGCGACUUUUCGUGUGACUGGUUUUUAUGGUCAUCCUGACCAAACCCAGCGCCAUCAUUCAUGGGAGCUACUGCGGCGUUUGGGUAGAGUGGAUCUUGGACCCUGGCUAUGUUGUGGGGAUUUCAAUGAAGUAAUGGAAUGCAAUGAAAAGAGUGGGAGCCGGUUGAGACGUGAUGCACAGAUGGAGGAUUUUAAAAUGGCCAUUACAGAUUGUGGUUUGUUUCAGUUUGAGUUUACAGGUUAUCCAUUUACAUGGAGCAAUAAACGGAAGGAUACAGCUCAUGUGGAGGCUCGAUUGGAUAGAGGGUUUGGAAAUUUGGCACUUCUGCAACACUGGGGCAAUUUCACGUCCCAUCAUUUAGUUGCUUUCUCCUCUGACCACCAUCCGAUUCUCAUUGCAUCUGACGGUCCACAAGGUGACAAAGCUAGAGGUCCUCGAGGUCGUCGUCGGUUUCAGUUUGAGGAGGUAUGGACUACGGAAGUUGACUGUGAAGAGGUUGUUCGUCAAUCUUGGCAGAAUGCAGUGUCACCCCUUUCUAAUAUUGACAACUGUGCCAGCAACUUGUCACGUUGGUGUGCCGAAAAGGGUGGCCAGGUCCCCAAGAAAGUUAAGGAGUUACGGCUUAGGUUGGCAAGUCUUCAAUCAGAUGAGCCGUCGACGCAUACUUUUCAUACUCGUAGCCUAAUUGAAACUGAACUUGAUAAGUGUCUUGAACAGGAAGAAAUUUAUUGGCACCAGAGAUCGCGGGUCCAGUGGCUUCAGCAUGGAGACCGUAACACCUCUUUCUUUCAUAAGCAAGCCACAAGUCGCAGGAAGAAAAAUGCCCUAGUAGGGAUACUAGAUGAAAAUGAUCGUUGGCAGCGUGAAUAUGAUAAAAUAGGUGGAGUUUUUGUGGAGUUUUUUACAAAUCUUUUCACAUCGGAUAUGGGAGUUGCUGAUGUGGAGGUUUUUAGUGCUGUCCAAGCGCGAGUGUCCUCACGUUCUUAUCAUAAUCUGCUUCUCCCGUAUUCUAGGGAUGAGAUCGAAGUAGCUCUUAACUCUAUUGGACCGUCAAAAGCUCCAGGUCCAGAUGGUAUGCCUGCACUCUUCUAUCAGAAAUAUUGGAGCAUUGUGGGUCCCGAUGUUAGUGAUUUGUGUAUGAGAGUUUUAAAUGGUAGCGAUGGUGUUAACGAUUUCAACCAUACGUUGGUGGCUUUGAUUCCGAAAGUUCAUUCUCCCACCCGUGUUUCGGAAUAUCGUCCUAUCAGUUUAUGCAAUGUCCUCUACAAGAUUAUCUCCAAAACUCUUGCCAAUAGACUGAAGAAGGUGUUACCUGAGGUUAUUUCUGAGUUCCAAAGUGCGUUUAUUCCCAACCGUAUGAUUUUGGAUAAUGUCUUAGCAGCUUUUGAAACAGUCCAUUGUUUGAAGAGAAGGGGAAAAACAGGCAAAAAGAAAUUAAUUUUGAAGCUUGAUAUGGCCAAGGCCUAUGACAGAGUUGAAUGGCAAUUUUUGGAGCAGAUGUUGCGGACUAUGGGUUUCCCAAUCCGGUUUAUUCAAUUAAUUAUGGGUUGCGUGACUACUGUUUCUUAUUCGCUGUUAAUUCAGGGGCGGCCAUUUGGGCGUAUUAUCCCUUCUCGAGGCUUACGACAAGGGGAUCCUAUAUCAUCGUAUCUUUUCCUUGUUGUGGCUGAAGCCUUCUCUGCUCUCCUCCAGCAGGCUGAGAGGGAUUCUAGAUUACAUGGUGUCUCCAUUGCCCCUUCUGCUCCUUCUAUUAACCAUCUUUUUUUUGCUGACGACAGCCUUUUGUUUUGUAAUGCUGGGACAACUGAGGCUCUAGAGCUGAAACGUAUGUUUGGAGUGUAUGAGUCGGCUUUUGGACAAAAGGUCAACCUUGGAAAAUCCGCUCUUUGCUUUAGCCCUUCCACCCCAAGGGUGUUGCAGGACGACAUUCGUCAGCUGUUGAACGUGACUCUUGUCCCUUGUCAUGAGCGGUAUUUGGGCCUCCCUACUAUCGUCGGUAAGGAUAAGAAAAAACUGUUCCUUACGGUUAAGGAUCGAGUUUGGAAUAAAGUUAAUGGUUGGCAAGGCAAGCUUCUGUCUAAGGCCGAGAAAGAAGUGCUCAUCAAAUCAGUAUGUCAGGCAAUUCCAUCAUAUUCUAUGAGUGUGUUUCGAUUGCCUGUUGGGUUAUGCCGCGAGAUUGAGAGUAUCAUUGCCAAAUUCUGGUGGUCUAAAAAUGAUGGUAGAGGUAUUCAUUGGAAAACGUGGAGAUUUAUGUGCCAACACAAGUCUGAUGGGGGGAUAGGUUUUAGGGAAUUGACAAGUUUUAAUCAAGCUCUUCUAUGUAAACAAGGAUGGCGGCUGCUGGAAUUUCCUCACUCACUGAUUGCCCGGAUGCUUAAGGCUCGUAAUUUUCCACAUUCUGAUUUUUUGGCAGCUUCGAGUGGGUCCCUUCCAUCGUUUACUUGGCAGUCGUUACUAUGGGGGCGGGAUCUGCUCUGGUUGGGCCUAAGGUGGCGCAUUGGUGAUGGCCGGUUGGUUAAUAUCUAUGGUGACCCUUGGGUGCCUUAUGAUCGUUUUUUCACUAUCCAGUCGAUACCUACUCUUCCAGCUACUUCCCGAGUUUGUGAUCUUUUUACCGCUAGUGGCGGGUGGGAUGUUGGGAAGGUUUUUGCUACUUUCUCAUUUCCAGAAGCUGAAGCUAUUUUAUCUAUUCCCUUAAUGGGUGAUACUCUGGAUCGGAGAAUCUGGAACUUUACUAAAAAUGGAAGGUACUCGGUUAAGAGUGGGUAUUGGGCUGCUCUGGAAUACAAGAGGCUGGAGGAGCUGUCCGCAGGGAGCGUCGCUGGCCCUUCCUCUUCUUCUUUGAAGAGUUGGAAGCACCUGUGGAAGCUGAAAGUGCCACAAAAAAUCCUUCAUCUGUUAUGGCGUGUGGCUCAAGAUAUCCUCCCUUCCAAGGAGGUCUUAUUCCGGCGCCGGAUUACACAGGGGGAGGUUUGUUGUCGUUGUUUUGCUGCGAGAGAAACUACGUUGCAUGCGUUGGUUGGAUGUGUUGUUUGUCUGCAGGUGUGGGAGGCUUUAGAUUUUCCCAGUGAUUUCCUUCUUCCUACUUUAACUGACGUUGGAACCUGGAUGGAUGCAGCUUGGUCUAUUAUUCCCCCUGAUAAGCAGUCUCUUUUUGCAUUUACUGUGUGGGUGUUGUGGAACGAACGUAAUGGGGUGCUGUUUGGCUCUCAACCCACCCCUUCCGGAGUUUUGGUACAACGAGCGAAGGACUAUGAUGCUGAAUUUAAACGAUAUUCUGCUACCAAUCAUAGGAGUUUAUCCUCGCCGGUUCGUGAUAUUAAAUGGAGGCCUCCUACGGGUAAUUGUUUCAAGUUGAACGUGGAUGGGGCUACUGACAUGGAGACGGGAGCUAGGGGAGCUGGUGCCAUCGUCCGUGAUUCUCAUGGAAAUCUGGUUGGGGCUCUAACUAUGCGGGCGCCAAGUCGGAUCUCUGUACUAGCAACAGAGCUGUAUGCUCUUAAAGUUGGAAUCUCUUUUGCGUUGGAUGUGUCUCUAGUGCCUCUGGAGAUUGAGUUUGAUUCCUUGCAGGCAGCUUCUAUGGUCAACAGUGAGGAGGAAUGCCUUGCUGCUGAGGGAGGUCUGGUGGAUGGAGUGCGACGCCUUCUGGUCAGGUCUGCGUCUACUGCUGUUCGACAUAUUCCUCGCCAAGCGAACAAGGCUGCCCAUCGCAUUGCCCGCUUCAGUCUGCGCGAUCAAAGUUUGUCGUUCUGGUUGGAUGUGGGUCCUAUGUGGCUUAUGGAUGCUGUUUAUGAUGAUUGGCACGAGCCUACUGUCGUUUGA